AUGCUAAGGCUGCGAGAGCAUGUGCCUACAGCCUGUGCUCGGGUGGAUGCCCUGCGUUCCCACGGUUAUCCAAAAGAGGCCCUCAGACUCACGGUGGCCAUUAUUAAUACUCUGAGGUUGCAGCAGCAACGGCAGCUGGAAAUCUACAAGCAUCAGAAGAAAGAACUGUUGCAAAGAGGAACCACAACCAUCACAAACCUAGAGGGCUGGGUGGGCCACCCCCUGGAUCCCAUUGGCUGCCUGUUUCUCACUUUGACUGAAGCCUGCCGACUGAACGAUGAUGGCUAUCUGGAAGUGUCAGAGCAGUCUGAAAAUAUGAAUGAAAGCAGACCCCCUGUGUACCAGCACGUAUCUGUAGCUGCAAGCUGCCCAGACAGCAGUGAGUCCUACCUGUCAUUGGCCCUGGAAGUUGCUCUGAUGGGCAUGGGUCAACAGAGGGUGAUGCCUGAAGGUCUCUAUGCACAGGACAAGGUGUGCCGUAAUGAGGAGCAGCUCCUAAGCCAACUCCAGGAGCUGCAGCUGGACGAUGAACUAGUGCAAACACUGCAGAAACAGUGCCUCUUACUGCUGGAAGGAGGCCCCUUCAGUGGUCUGGGAGAAGUCAUUCACCAAGAAAGUGUUCCCAUGCAUACCUUUGCCAAGUAUUUGUUCUCAGCUCUGCUGCCUCAUGAUCCAGACCUAUCCUAUAAAUUAGGCUUACGUGCCAUGAGGUUACCUGUUCUAGAAAACUCAGCUUCUGCAGGCGACACUUCCCACCCUCACCAUAUGGUGUCUGUGGUGCCCAGCCGUUAUCCUCGCUGGUUCACGCUUGGACACUUGGAAUCACAGCAGUGUGAACUGGCCUCCACCAUGCUGACUGCUGCCAAAGGAGACACUUUGAGACUCCGAACAAUUCUGGAAGCAAUACAGAAGCACAUCCAUUCUUCCUCCCUCAUCUUCAAACUGGCCCAAGAUGCAUUCAAGAUUGCUACUCCUACAGACAGUAGUACUGACAGCACCCUGCUCAGUGUGGCCCUGGAGCUUGGGUUACAGGUGAUGCGGAUGACCUUAUCAACUCUUAACUGGAGACGCCGAGAGAUGGUACGAUGGUUGGUUACCUGUGCUACAGAAGUGGGUGUGCGGGCCCUGGUGAGCAUCUUGCAGAGCUGGUACACACUCUUCACCCCCACCGAGGCUACUAGUAUCGUAGCUGCCACAGCUGUAUCCCACACCACUAUCCUGCGCCUCAGCCUUGACUAUCCACAGCGAGAGGAACUAGCUAGCUGUGCUCGCACGCUGGCCCUGCAGUGUGCUAUGAAGGAUCCACAGAGCUGUGCCCUGUCAGCCCUUACACUGUGUGAGAAGGACCACAUUGCCUUUGAGGCAGCCUACCAGAUUGCCAUUGAUGCUGCUGCCGGUGGCAUGACCCAUUCACAGCUCUUCACCAUCGCCCGCUACAUGGAGCUCCGUGGCUACCCGCUACGUGCCUUCAAGCUGGCCUCACUGGCCAUGAACCAUCUUAACCUGGCCUACAACCAGGACACUCACCCAGCCAUCAAUGAUGUCCUCUGGGCGUGUGCCCUCAGCCACUCUCUGGGCAAGAACGAGCUGGCGGCCCUCAUACCCCUGGUAGUGAAGAGUGUACACUGUGCCACAGUGCUUUCAGACAUCCUGCGACGCUGCACAGUGACUGCACCUGGCCUGGCCGGCAUCCCAGGCCGCCGCAGCUCUGGAAAACUCAUGUCUACAGACAAAGCUCCGUUGCGCCAGCUGCUGGAUGCCACCAUCAAUGCCUAUAUCAACACUACACACUCACGCCUGACACACAUUAGCCCCCGCCACUAUGGAGAGUUCAUUGAGUUUCUGAGCAAGGCUCGGGAGACCUUUCUACUGCCCCAGGAUGGCCACCUGCAAUUUGCCCAGUUCAUCGACAACCUCAAACAGAUCUACAAAGGCAAGAAAAAGUUAAUGCUGCUGGUGCGAGAGCGCUUUGGCUGAGAAAGCAGACAGCUCACCGCCAGGGCAGCCUGGGCUCCCAGGUACCAUCGGUUCAGGCCAAGGACACUAAAACAUUUGUCCACCCUGAGAGGACUCUGAGCACCUGUGGCUGAGGCCAAAGGACCACAGGGCUAAGGAUGGGGAGAGUCCAACUCUAGCCAAUAUGCCUAUCUUGGCAAGCUUCUCACUACAGCCCACUGUUCCUGGAGGAGCCAGGCCCUGCAGAUUGAUCAGAUACCCACAACAUGCCACCUCACGCCCCUAUAUCCUGCGUGUUCUGGGCAUUGGCCCUCUCUCCCUCAGCAAACACAGAACACUGUCUCAGGGAUCGCUUAACCAGAGAAACAGAAGCAUUUAUGGUACUGUAAAUACUAUAGUAUAUGUGUUGCCAAUUAUUGUAAAGUUGUAACUAUUUAUAAUUCUGGUUCUGAUUUGAUGGACACUUGAAGUAGCUGUGUGUGGGAGGAUAUGCUUGUUUUCUGAGGAGACUCACAACCAUUUCUCAGGUUUCCUUUCAGAGUGUACGCUGUUGGCAGUGGAAGAGUGGGGGUGGCAAGGAGAAUAGUGGCCAGUUAGAAUAAAUCCCAAGUCUAGUCUAUGCAGAAACCCCAGCCCACACACAGGGCAUCUGUAGCCCAGUGGUGGGUGAGGGGCAGAGGCCAGGACUGGAUUAGACCCUCACAAAGCUAUGAGGACACUGAAGCUCCUGCUCCUGCCUCACACAGCCUCUUCAGGAGCCUGCUGGCACCUGAGAAACAAGUGCAGGGAGAAGAUGAAGGUCUGGGAAGCCUCUGAGCUCAUAAUAUUCAUCUAUUCUGUCACCUUUGUGUUAGAGAGUAUCUGGUUUCCUCUCUAAUUAUGUAUGUGUGUGUGUAUCUGUAUGGCUAAGUAUACAUGUCUGUGUGCAUAGAUAUAUCUGUGCAUGCCUGUCUGCGUGUACACAUGUAUAUUUAUGCAUAUCUGCCUCGGUUCUGUCUACAUACUUGUAUAAAUACGUGUGUGCUGUACUGUGGGUUUCUGUGUGAGUAUACUUAUUUGUGUACAUGUGAGAAUGCAUAUCUGUAAGUACACUCAUGUUUGUCUAUGCAUGUUUAGUAUGUAUGUGUAUCUGAGUACCCAUGAGUACAUGUGUAUAAAUGUUUGUCUGCCUGCUAGCCAUGUGUCUGUAUGUCUUUAUAUGUAUGACUGAGUAUACUUUUACAUGGAGGUGUGUCUGUGUAUUCGUGUGUGAGGAUCUGCAUGAAUGUGUCCCUUCUCUUUUGGCCAGAUCUCUCUUCCCCGUUCCUUAGUCUCUUACCAGCUAAACAUUUGUUCCCCAUCUCUGUGCCUCCUCUUUCACCAUUCUCUCUCACCAAACAAGCUUCUAAGCACCGGUCUCCCUCUGCCCUGAGAUUGGCUGCUUCAGCUCCAUACUGCUCACUCAUACUUGGUUUCUUCCCCUGCCUUUCUACCUCAAGCUUUCUCUGCCUGCUUCUGUCACAGUCUCAUUGGUCACUGAUUUGGAGGCUGGGGCUGGUAGGCACUUGGCCUUUCCCUUCCUUAUUUCUAGCCCUAGUAGUCAACCCUAGGGUUCCUGCUACCUUCCUGACCCCUAUGUAGGAUUAGCCUGGAAUUGGUAUAGGAGGUAGCAACAGCAUUCAGAAGAGUCAGUUGGAUACCAGUGUCUUGGUGGUGUUUACUGUUCAUGUCUUAGUUCCCAAGUUGAGGGUAGGGUUUGAUAGGGAAGGGGUGGAUAGCUAGAGUGUGAACUAAGGACCUGUCUGCUUUAUUUUCCUUUCUUUGACAAACUGUUUAUGUUACCUUUUUUAGUCCAAACUGACCAAUAAGUUGUAUUUGCUAUUUGUGGCUACUAAAGUCUUACUGUCCAGCCAAGGGCCCCUACAACAUCUCAGCCCAAUGGGUUGGUAAAAAAAAGAGAAGCCACUCCCAUUUCUGUAUCACAACUGCCCUUUUUUUUAGCAAGUGUGUGAACUCACAGUGCUUUUCUAUGAAUAAAUCAUGGAUCACAGAAAACA